AUGUCCAUCGAAGGUGAAUUUGACAUUAUUAUCAUUGGCGCCGGUAUAUCUGGUAUCAAUGCUGCAUACAGAGUGCAAAAAGCCUUGCCUAAUCAUAGUUUCUCUAUUAUUGAGGCGCGUUCUGCAGUUGGCGGGACCUGGGAUCUUUUCCGUUAUCCAGGUAUUCGAACUGAUUCAGAUGCACAUACAUAUGGGUUUUCAUGGCACCCAUAUCACACCAAAAGCCAAUUUGUCCAUGGCAGCUCUCUCCAACAAUACAUCAUUGACGCGGCAACGCAACAUGGGAUCUAUCAGCACGUUCGAUUUGGCCAUCAGCUUGUUGCCGCAGACUGGUCUUCUAGCAGUGGAAGCUGGAGACUCACAAUCAUCGUGCACUGCCAAAAAAUAAUUAUGAAUGCCCGAUUCAUUAUAUUUGCCACUGGAUACUUCGACUACAACAAUGCAAAGCCGAUUGAUAUUCCUGGUCUAGAAUCAUUCCAGGGAGCUGUUGCCCACCCCCAGUUUUGGCCUGAAAAUCUGGUUUAUACAGACAGAAAGGUUGUUGUCAUAGGCAGUGGCGCAACAGCCGUUUCACUUUUUCCAGCCAUGGCAGAAACAGCUACUCAUGUAACAAUGUUGCAGCGAAGUCCGAGCUAUGUGUUGCCUCUCCAUUCAGGCUCAAGAUCGACAUUGUUAAAGGCUGUCUUACCCCGGUCUUUGGAGCACCGCAUCAAAAGAUAUGCAUGGCUGAUGAUAAUGAUGAGUUCGUACUAUUUCUGUAACAAGUUUCCUUCUCUUGCAAGCAAGAUUUAUCGCGUAUUUAUCAAAGGCUACUUGCCAAGUGGAGUAUCUGAAAAUCCCCAUUUCAGACCAGAGUAUCCGCCAUUUGCUCAACGGCCUAAUGCAUGCCCGAAUGGGGAUUUUUUCAGGCCUCUGGAAAGUGGGAAGGCAACGGUGGAGACUGGAGUCAUCGACACCGUCAAAUCAAACGGCAUACUUCUCAAAAGUGAGAUCUUUAUUGAGGCUGACCUCAUAGUCACCGCAACUGGGCUCAAUUUGCAGAUGGGAGGCGGUGUAGAUAUUACGAUUGAUGGGAAAGAAUACGAUCUUCCAUCUAAGUUCAUGUGGAAUGGCGUAAUGCUGCAGGAUUUGCCAAAUGCCUCAAUGAUUGUGGGAUAUUUGACCAGCGCUUCUUGGACUCUCGGAGCAGAUGCAGCUGCGAUACUGACCUGUCGGUUGAUUCAAUACCUUGAGAAAAAUCAAUUUGCGAUCACUAUCCCUCGCAUGAAAUCUCCUGAGAGGCUCGCUGAAAGACAGAUUUGGGAUCUCAAAUCAAACUAUCUUUUCGCUGGUAAGCGAAACCUACCUAAUGCGUCAGACCGGGCCCCGUGGCAAGCACGUUCAAAUUACAUUUAUGAUUACCUUUUCGCACGUUUCGGUCGCCUCGACGAAUGCAUGGAGUUUUCCAAAUGA